AUGCAUUACACCGCUGGUAUUUUUGAUGAUACUUACGUGGGCUGCUCGCAUGUUUGGACAACUUAUUCCAGUGAUACUGCUAUAUCAUUUGAUGAUCAUGGUUGCAUAAGAAUGGAACAGGGAUAUUGGUUAGAAAAAGAGGAUGAGUCAGUUAUUCAGAAAAAUUUUUUCCUCGGUAUAGGCUUUGGAAACGAUGAAAUUAAAUCUAAGGGAAUUAUCAAUGAACUAGGAAAACAAAAAGAAUUAAGCAGCCGGAUGAUUGCCGAGCAGCUUCUACGUUUGGCAGAUAAUUUUGAAGCUGAAUUUCAAAAUGUUUAUAAAACUACUCAGCCACAUCGAAAUAAAAAUGGUUGGCGUGUAAGUUAUCACUGA